CUUAACAAAAAGCUUUUUAGCAAAUUAAGAAAUUCAUUUUACUUUUGGUGAUUUCCAAAUUAUAACCAUCCAUUUUUAUCCAUCCUGGUAGUGAGAUUUAGUCUAUAUUAGGAAGUGGUGCACUAUAGAAGGAACAUCUUUGUGACGCGGUCUGCCUCCGCAGCACGAAUCUCCUGACAUUUUCCGUGGGGAAGGGAUGAUUUGGAGAUGGUAGGCUGGGCUGGAGAGGAUCACCCUUAAGUGAUGACCCAAACCUGACUUUCCAGGACCUGAGAUUUUUCUCUUAUCUUCACGUCAAAGGGGUGUUCUGAAGCCGUGUUGCCCGAUAUAGAACUUUCUGGGUGAUGGAAAUGUUCAGUGAGUCCAUGUGGCUGUGGAGUACCUGAAAUGUCACACAACUCAGGAACUGAAUUUUUAAUUUCAUUUAAUUAAUUUAAAAUUUAAAACUUCCCUCCUGAAUAGCACAGACCUAGGCCAGAAAGCUUGCACUAUUACCAAACUUUGAAGUGUUCGGAAAGUGGGCUCUGAAGGCUAUCUGGAGUCUUAUGUGAGGGCCCAGCUGACCCCAGAGUAAUGCUUCUGGGGAGUCCCUCUCCACAACCUUUAGUGAGGGUCCUUUCUGCCUCCAUCGUGUCAGCUCCUGGGUGCUUGCAGGACCUCCAGGGGAAGCCUACAGGGGAAUGGGUUGCUUCUGAGGUGCUCACAUUGCAGAGUGGCCUGGAAAAGGUCAUUGGCGCCAGCUGGAAGGCCGAGUCCAGGGCUCAGCCAGCUCCGGGGCAGCUCCCCUGCGGAUGAAUGAGCCGGAGCCCGCCGCCGUGGGGCCACUUCCAGGAUCGCUGGGCACCCGGCUCCCAGGCAGCCCCUGCCGACUUCUACCCUCACAGCUAAACUGGGCCCCUUUCCAGCGAGCAUCGACGCAGUCUGUGCAUCCACUGAUUUUUCUGUUGGGAAUGAUUUACUAAGGGGAGAAAACCAUUGUAUUGGGUGAUGCGUUUGGGGACCUUGUGGAAAAACAUGCUGAGGGCUGUUUGUUCAUCUGGAGGGCUUGGCAGCGGAGGGUGUAGAAGGUUCGUUGGGGCAGCACUCUUCCCUCGGCCAGCUUCUGAGGAGUUAACUCCGGGCGCCCGUGACGUCAGUCCUGAUCUUUACACCCCUCCACUUGAGCAAUCGCCGCCUCCUCACGGGGGCCGGUGCUCAUUGGCUGUGGGCAGGACUUCCCCUGGGCCGGCUUUUCUCAAUUAAGUAAAAGGGCAGGGCCUGAGCAGCCAAUGACAGCUGCGCCCCGGCUUAUCUGGAGCGAGCGUGCGGUCCCGGCAGCAUUCCCUGGCUCCCCGGCGGCGCGCGCGCCCGGCUCCCCGUCAGCAUGCUCUGCCUGUGCCUGUAUGUGCCGCUCAUCGGGGAGACCCAGACCGAGUUCCAGUACUUCGAGUCCAAGGGCCUUCCCGCCGAGCUGAAGUCCAUCUUCAAACUCAGCGUCUUCAUCCCCUCCCAGGAGUUCUCCACCUACCGCCAGUGGAAGCAGAAAAUUGUGCAAGCUGGAGAUAAAGACCUCGAUGGGCAGCUCGACUUUGAAGAGUUUGUCCAUUAUCUCCAAGAUCACGAGAAGAAGCUGAGGCUGGUGUUCAAGAGUUUAGACAAGAAGAAUGACGGACGGAUCGAUGCUCAGGAGAUCAUGCAGUCCCUGCGGGACCUGGGAGUCAAGAUAUCCGAACAGCAGGCCGAAAAGAUUCUCAAGAGAAUACGAACGGGCCACUUCUGGGGCCCUGUAACCUACAUGGAUAAAAAUGGCACAAUGACCAUCGACUGGAACGAGUGGAGAGACUACCACCUUCUGCACCCUGUGGAAAACAUCCCCGAGAUCAUCCUGUACUGGAAGCAUUCCACGAUCUUUGAUGUGGGUGAGAAUCUGACGGUCCCCGAUGAAUUCACCAUGGAAGAGAGACAGACGGGGAUGUGGUGGAGACACCUGGUGGCUGGAGGCGGGGCCGGGGCAGUAUCCAGAACUUGCACGGCGCCCCUGGACAGACUCAAGGUGCUCAUGCAGGUCCACGCCUCCCGCAGCAACAACAUGUGCAUCGUGGGCGGGUUCACCCAGAUGAUUCGAGAAGGUGGGACCAAAUCCCUCUGGCGGGGCAAUGGCAUCAACGUCCUCAAAAUUGCCCCCGAGUCGGCCAUCAAAUUCAUGGCCUACGAGCAGAUCAAGCGUCUCGUGGGGAGCGACCAGGAGACUCUGAGGAUUCACGAGAGACUUGUGGCAGGGUCCUUGGCCGGGGCCAUCGCCCAGAGCAGCAUCUACCCGAUGGAGGUUCUGAAGACCCGGAUGGCCUUGCGCAAGACAGGCCAGUACUCAGGCAUGCUGGACUGUGCCAGGAAGAUCCUGGCCAGAGAGGGAAUAGCCGCCUUCUACAAAGGCUAUGUCCCCAACAUGCUGGGGAUCAUCCCCUACGCUGGGAUAGACCUAGCCGUCUACGAGACGCUCAAGAACGCCUGGCUACAGCGCUACGCAGUCAAUAGCGCGGACCCUGGUGUGUUUGUGCUCCUGGCCUGUGGCACCAUGUCCAGCACGUGCGGCCAGCUGGCCAGCUACCCACUGGCCCUGGUCAGGACCCGGAUGCAAGCCCAAGCCUCCAUUGAGGGCGCUCCGGAGGUGACCAUGAGCAGCCUCUUCAGGCAGAUCCUGCGGACCGAGGGGGCCUUUGGCCUGUACCGGGGGCUGGCCCCCAACUUCAUGAAGGUGAUCCCAGCCGUGAGCAUCAGCUACGUGGUAUACGAGAACCUGAAGAUCACCCUGGGCGUACAGUCGCGGUGAUGGGACUGGCGGGGGGGUGGGGGACAGCCCCGCCUUGCGCGGCAGACUCACGGAUCCUGGGCCUGCAGCCCUGGGAUAUGUAGCCAUCCAUUCUGUGAAUGUGCCAACACUAAGCUGACUGAAGCCAAGCUGUGAAAAGCCUGGGAUGCACCUGCAAGGGAGUGGGGCAAGGCCCGGCAGGCCCGCCGGGUGUGUCCUGCUGACCCUGGCUGGCCGGCACAUCCGUUCCAGGGGCCAGCAGGACACAGGCGCACGCACGCACGCACGCGGGGACGGGACAUUUCCCGCGGUGCCUGCCGGACAGUGGGGCCCGGAGCCGGCUUCGUUCUUCCAUCUCGCUGCCAGACCACCAGCCUCAGGCCCUGCCCCCUGGCCUGCUGGGCGCCUACACCGUGCCCGUGUUGCUUCCUUCCUCGCUGCUGUGUUAGUAUAGUAGGAGGAAGGCCACCAGCCCUCUCCCCAUGUUAGCGCUCGCUCCUCUCCCCUCGGUCUGUGGGGGCCUCAUGCCCUGGCUUCCUGGCCUACAGGGUCCCCUCUGGCUAGGUUGCGCGGGGGGAGAGGGAGGAGUCCGGCUUCUGUGCUCACCCCGCUGUUGGCCUCUGAGCUCCCCAACAGAUGGGCCCCCGGAUGUGCGUGUGCAUGCAGGGGGCAGGGCCAAGUUCCUCCAUUGGCUGCCCGCCUGGCCUCCCGGUGCAUGGCUUCAUGGAAGGCGAGGGCUGGCUCCCGCAACGCAGAGGGCCUCGCUGCUCCUGCCGCCAGGGGUGUCCUGGUGUUCUGAGCUGGCCCCAGACUCCGUCAGGACUGGCACCAGCUCAGAACCACCUCCCUGUCCCCGCUGUGGAAUGAGAGCUGGGCGGGCACCACAGAGCGGCAGGAAGGGCAGCCCCUGCCCCGCGUCUGCGCACCCUGAUGAGAGGAGGAAAAGGUGUUCAAGGCCUUAAUUAUGUAUCGUUGGGCAAAGGGUUUUGUUCAGAAGGACAAGCUGGACAAAUGUGUACGUUCUGUGCUUCCAGAGGGAAGACAAAGGGGGUAGAGAGCCUGGCUGACUUCAUUAAAGUCUGUUUCUGAGCCUCUGGGGAUUCGUGUCCAAUCCCAAUUGGGGCAGAGUGGGGACCAGCCUCACAUUCCACUGCUGCAGGGUGUCACACUGCUUGGAGCCUAUUUAUUUCGUAUUUAUUUGAACAGAGUUAUGUCCUAACUAUUUUUAUAGAUUUGUUUAAUUAAUAGCCUGUCAUUUUCAAAUUCAUUUUGUAUUCAUAUUUAUGUUCAUGGUUGAUUGUACCUUCCCAACACCCUCCAGGCGGGGUGGGGAGAGGAAGGAGGGGCCGUGGGAGUGACCUUUCCCGCCACUGGCCACACUGACGUCAAGUCUGUCCAAAGAAAUUCCUGGGAACUGGCGACAGAUAGAAGGUCAGGGGGGGAGGGGCCCUGGUCAGGGGGGAUGACCUUGGGCAGGUUGGGACAGGGCUCGCACCCAGGAAGCCUUAGGAUCUGAGGGUUCAGUAAGGGGCAGGAAGAGUGGCAGAAAUCUCAAUUCCAUUGAAGAUGUAAGUCCAAACCAUUUCUUGGGCUGGGAGGAUCUCUUUCUUUUAUCCUUUCGAAUGGCAAGGCACUGAGGGGCCUAUCACUGUGAGUUUGGGGUUGGGGCUCCAGGAGAGGGCGGCCAGUACCCCGCCCCUGCCUGUGAAGUGGGCUCCCUCCCUCCCAGGCCCGCCCCCGCCCGCCGCCACCACCCCUGCUCAGCAACGCUGGUCAAUUUGCGGCUGGAGGUCGCAUUUCCAUUCCACCAUAAUGGCCUAGUGAGGACAAUGCUAAUAGGAUGCAAAGAUCAAUGCAAAAAUUAUUGUUAUAUAUCAGUCUAGCGAUAACUGGAAUUUGUGAAAAAGCAAAGAAUUGGAAGUUGUCACUUAAAACAGCCUUCUAAUAAAGUUGUUUCAAAGCUGA